AUGUCGAAUUUCCUGAGCAACAAUAAUCCGAACCCUAACAAGUCUUUCGAGGUGAAUCAGCCUCCCACUGAUUCCGUCUCCAGUCUCAGUUUCAGUCCCAAAGCCAACUUCCUCGUCGCCACUUCCUGGGACAAUCAGGUUCGUUGCUGGGAGGUAGCACGGAAUGGAGUAAAUGUAGCCACUGUUCCCAAGGCUUCUAUAACGCACGAUCAUCCAGUUUUGUGCUCUACAUGGAAAGAUGAUGGCACAACUGUAUUCUCUGGUGGAUGUGAUAAGCAAGUGAAGAUGUGGCCUCUAUUAUCCGGAGGCCAAGCAAUGACUGUUGCCAUGCAUGAUGCACCCAUCAAAGAAGUUGCUUGGAUUCCUGAAAUCAACCUUUUAGUCACAGGAAGCUGGGACAGGACUCUGAAAUACUGGGAUACAAGGCAGUCAAAUCCAGUGCACACACAGCAACUUCCAGAGCGCUGCUAUGCUAUGACAGUGAGACAUCCUCUGAUGGUCGUUGGCACUGCUGAUAGAAAUCUUAUUGUUUACAACUUGCAAAAUCCUCAGGUUGAAUUCAAGAGAAUUGUUUCACCCUUAAAGUAUCAAACGAGGUGCCUUGCUGCCUUCCCUGAUCAACAAGGUUUCUUGGUCGGAUCAAUAGAAGGAAGAGUUGGGGUGCAUCAUUUGGAUGAUAGUCAGCAGGGUAAAAACUUCACUUUUAAAUGCCACAGAGAGGGGAAUGAAAUAUACUCAGUCAACUCUUUGAACUUCCAUCCUAUACACCACACAUUUGCAACUGCUGGUUCGGAUGGUGCUUUCAAUUUUUGGGAUAAGGAUAGUAAACAGAGGCUCAAGGCCAUGCUGAGAUGCAGCCAACCUAUUCCUUGCAGUAGCUUCAAUAGUGAUGGUUCAAUAUUUGCUUACUCAGUCUGCUAUGACUGGAGUAAAGGGGCAGAAAAUUCUAAUCCUGCAACAUCAAAGACCUACAUUUUCCUACACUUGCCUCAGGAAUCUGAGGUCAAGGGCAAACCACGCAUUGGUGCUACUGGCAGAAAAUAG